GGUUCCUGCCGGGGCCGCGGGUCCCUGCACCCCGCUCUGUGACUCGCUCAGCUGGGAGACAGAACGGCGCGGCCGGGCGGUGCGUAGGGGUCGGGCAGCGGGCAGCAGUGGCGCUGACGUUUUUGCUGGCUUCCCCGCUGGGCAGUGGGCGGUAGAUGUGCUUGAAAGAUGGUGACACGCUGCUGAGAGACAGACCCACUUAGCUCAAGAAAGCUGCUCUGAGGUGACAGGACCGCUUCACUCCCCCUCUGCCUGGCAUCUCUCACAGACAGCUGGAGCCCACAACUGUCAGCAUCAGGAGAAUAUGCAAGUGUUACUCAAGCUCGUUUGUGUCAUAGCUCUCCUGGUUUCUUCUCUCCAGGCUGAUAAAUGCCAGGAACCUGAACCCGAAAUAGUUUCAGUUUCAUCUGCAAAUGAAAUUUCCGUUCAUUUGUGUUCUUCUAAGUGGAAUGAAAAGAAAGACACCACAAUAUGGUAUAAAAAUGAUGGCAAGACACUUAUACCGAUGGAGCGAGACUCCAGGAUGCAUCAGUUCAAAGAGAAACUUUGGUUUGUUCCUGCUAAGGUAGAGGACUCAGGACAUUACUAUUGUGUGGUAAGAAACGCAACUCACUGCCUUAAAAAUAAAAUAACUGUGAAAUUUGUGGAGAAUGAGCCUGACUUGUGUUACAACACACAAGCUAAAUUUCCACAGAAACUACCCAUUGGGCAAAAUGGACCACUUGUGUGCCCUAAUUUGCAUGUGUUUAAAGAUGAGAAUCGUGAGCUCUCCAACAUACAGUGGUAUAAGGAUUGCAGACCUUUACUUCUUGACAAUAUAAACUUCAUUGGAGACAGAAAUAAACUCAUCAUAAUAAAUGUGACUGAAGGACAUAAAGGGAAAUAUUCUUGUCAUGCAUCCUACAUACACUUGGAAAAGCAAUAUCACGUUACGAGGGUAAUAGAAUUUACUCCUAUAGGGAAAGAUGAAGUCCGAGGGCCUGUGAUAUUGAGUCCAGUUAAUGAGACAAUGGAAGUGGAAUUGGGAUCCCAGACACAACUGAUCUGCAAUGUCACUGACCUGGCACUGGGUAUUGUCUACUGGAAGUGGAAUGGGUCAGAAAUCGAUGAGGAUGAUCCAGUGUUGGUGGAAGAGUUUGAAGUAGUGAAAAAUCCAACUAAAAAAAAGCAAACAAUAAUCACAAUGCUUAAUAUUUCAGAAGUGGAAAGUAGAUUUUAUCUGUAUCCAUUUACCUGUAGAGCUGUGAACUGGCUUGGCGAAAAUGAAGCAUAUGUUCAAUUAAUACAUCCAGUCCGUGAUUGCCAGACGCACGUGAUUGGGAUAUUCGUCACAUUAACAGUAGCAAUUGCAUGCUCCAUUUUCGUUUAUAAAAUCUUCAAGGUUGACAUUGUGCUUUGGUACAGGGAUUCCUGCUAUGAUUUUCUCCCCCAAAAAGCUUCAGAUGGAAAGAUCUAUGAUGCAUAUAUACUAUAUCCAAAGACCGUUGAGAAAGGAUCCACCACUAACUCAGAUAUUUUUGUGUUUAAAAUCUUGCCUGAGGUCUUGGAAAAACAGUGUGGAUAUAAUCUGUUCAUUUACGGAAGGGAUGACUAUGUUGGGGAAGCCAUUGUUGAGGUCAUCGAUGAAAACAUAAGGAAAAGCAGAAGACUGAUUAUCAUUUUAGUCCAAGAUGCACUGGGACUCAGCUUUCUGGGGAAUACAUCCGAAGAGCAGAUUGCUAUGUAUAGUGCUCUCAUUCGAGAUGGAAUUAAAGUUAUCCUGCUUGAGCUGGAGAAAAUCCAAGACUCUGAGAAACUGUCAGAAUCAAUUCAGUUCGUUAGGCAGAAGCACAGGGCCAUACGAUGGUCAGGGGACUUUACGGAGAAGUCACAGUCUGCAAAGACAAGGUUCUGGAAGAACGUAAGGUACCACAUGCCAGCUCAGCGGAAAAUGCCUUCAUCCGCACAGAACUUACUGUCUGUAGCCACUAGCCCAGACUCUAUGGAGAAAUUCCAAGGAGAGGUCCAUGUGCCUCUUGGGUAGGAUGGAGAAACAUGGGCAAAGAGUUCCUUGGCUGACUCAUGUCUUAAGGUGUUCCAGGCUGGGCUGUGCCUCCCGCUGAUGUCCAGUCAUAUAAAGAGCACACGUAUAGUCCUUUAUCCCUGAGGUCACCUGGAAUCAGAUGGUUAACGGAGCAGGACGUGGUGACAACGGCAGGGCAGGACAGAGUAGAGUAGAGGGCUUGGGAAAGUCUUUAUAAGGCAAGGCCCUCUCUUAAAGCUUGCACUGCUGUGAAAAGGCCCUGGGACAGCAGAGUAGAGAAAAGCACAGCGAAUUUUCAUCAUCUGAAAUGGUUUUAUGAAGUGAUCUGUGUCCCGAGGCAGUGGAUGUGGGGCCUUUUUGGGAAUGCGGCAGUGUGCUCCCUGAUGCGGCUGUGCUGCCCUGUAGGACUGAUAGCUCACAGAGGAAGUACUUAUUUCUGGAGAACUUUACACCUGCCUUGUAUUUCCCAUGUGCAUCGACGGCCAGCAGUCAGUUUCCAAAGACGGAAUGUCAUUUCACAGACCUUUAAAACUGUCAGUUCAGUGAACAACAGGAUGCUUCAGGAUUCCAAGGUUUUGAAGUAACCUUAGCUUGCCGAAGGAGAGAGAAGUUUUUAAAGCAACAGUGGCAGAGACCUGUUUCACCCCUUCCAUGUUUUCCUCCCUGGGACGAACACUCUGUCCUUCUUUAUUCAUCUGCAUUUUGUUUGACUCAUUACUUCUUUGAAAGGACAACUGCUGAGUCCUUCUUCCCUCCUUCCCACUCGCUGUCACAUACACGGUCCACAGAUUAACACCCUGCAUAAAACACUGCUUUCAGCUCAUCCUGCUCCUGCUUAAAAAAAAACCUCCCUCGGGCUCCUUGCGUAUGAGCUCAAUUUCACCUUUUGGGCCCAGUAUCCCACCAGUGGGGCUUCAGCAUGUCCUCACACCUUCCCUUUCACUGUCCUGCUGAGUAAACCCCCAGGUCAGCUUCAGCCCUCUUCGUUCCUAGGGGGAAAAAAACAUUGCCAUCAAGUCG